GGGCGAGGUUUCUGAACCGCUGAUUGUCUGCUCUGGUUCGGCGUCGAUCACUCGAUCAGUUGAUUGAGAUGGCGGAUAAAAGAGAUGAUUCAAGCGGUGUUGGCACGAUGGGGCAUUCACCAGAUACAGGAGGUGGAGCGUGGUGCCACUCUCAGGUGCGCUGUUGUAGACGUCCGCCAUCGUUGCCGCUCUACGGCAUCCAUCAGCUGGUUCGAUCAGCGGUGAUAGUAUUCUUGAUCGCAGCGCUUCUGUCAGUGAGUGUUGACGAGCGUCCCUCGUCAUUCCCGAUAGAGUUCAGUGGCUUUGGCGGCAGAGUUGGCGGCGGCUGGUUGAAGCUGUUGAUGGUUGCCAAUGCUCAGUCCUCUAUGGUUGAACCGCCGACAAUUUACAGUAUCAGUCCAUCCCGCGGAGCGGUCACUGGUGGCACAGAGGUCACACUAUACGGGAGAGCAUUCUCUGCAGAUCAAUACACUGGCGGGAACACGGUGUAUUUUGGCAGCACCCCUUGUCCAGUCGUUUCCUUCCUCUCGACAACGACUAAGGUGGUAUGCAAGACAAAUCCAGCAGUCCAGCCUGAAGAACCCUUGACGGUAGUGGUGUUUGUGGAUGGCGAUGUUCACAGAAAUGGACGGUUUUGCUGCUUCAGAUACGUAGAGCGCCUCACUCCAGUUAUUGAUUAUGUCGCCCCAACAGCAGGACCACCAGGGACGCGGAUCACUUUAGUGGGGGAAAACUUUGGUGAGGCGGGUACUUUGCGGAGAAUCUAUAUCGGGGACUCACUGUGCACAUUUGGGGAACUACCCAGUGAGAGGUACAUGAUGGAAUUUCAGAAUGCUAACAUGAGUGGCUGCUUUUCUCAGAUUUGCAAAGCCUCUAGAGUCUAGAGUCAAUUAUAUCUGGAGAGAGAAUGAGGAAAGAUCAUUUCGAACAUCAUUUCAAUUCAAUCACAAUAGAUGAGGAUAAAGUCCAAAAAACAUC